UUUGAUUACAAAAUUUCAUCAUUGCAGUCCCUUUUUAACUUUUAAAUCCCGAAAAUUUAUUAAUUUAGGACUGCCGAAGGAUGUUUCGCACGUUCUGCUUGCGCCAAUGCGUCAUCGCUACGCAAGCAACGAGAUGUCAUUCAACAAAAAUGCUCAAAAGUGGCAUUUCCGUGACUUUGUGUGCACCGAAAAUCCAAAACAUUGAACAUUUUCGUGAAAUUCGUCGCUGUUUCGGGACCUCAAACACAAUUUUCUGCAAAAAAGCUGAAGAAACUGACAGCUACAAGGUCUACGAUGGAGUUUUGGCGAAACAAAUCAAAGCGGUGAAGAUUUUUUCGUUGGCUUCGAGCGUUACUGGCUUGGUUAUGCAGCCCAUUUUGUACAAACAGAGCAAAAUUAUCGGCGGUCUUGCCGUUCAAAUUGGCGUAAUGGGCGUCGUGGGCUUUUUUACCUUCGUGACACCAUUUUUACUGCAUUUUGUGUGCAAAAAAUACGUGAUUUCCAUGGAUUUUAAUCACAAAACCAACGAAUAUAGCGCCUUGACGUAUUCUCUGUUGAUGCAAAAGCGAAUUACAAAAUUCAAAGUAGAAGACGUUGUAGUGCCAGAAAUCCCCGGAAUGUUUACCUCAAUCGUCGUCAAAGGCACGCCGCUGUUCUUGGAUCCCCACGGAUUCGAAAAUACCGAUCAUUAUGUGAAAAUUAUGGGUUACGACAAACCCAUCGACUUCAAAUUGAGCUUACAGGAGGACGAAAAACCCGAGGAAAAGAGUAAAAAAUGAUCAAUUAACGCAGAAUUAGUAGCAAAAAAGUCAAAAAUUAACUGAAAUUCACUUUUUUAUUUAAUAAUUAAUUUAAAAAUUUCCUAAUUCAUGUGUGACACCUUCAAAUCUGUGAUUUUUUCCCAUU